AUGGCCCUGGAGAAGCGGGAGAAGCGCCCGCCCGUCACCCCCAUGAUGAUCGAGGAGGAGGCCGCCUUGCGGAACGGCAGCCGGGGGCUGCCGCCGGGACCCUGGGCCGAGGCGGCGGGGCCAAGACCCCGCACCACGGAGCGGCACAUCGCCGUGCACAAGCGCCUGGUCCUGGGCUUCGCCGUCUCCAUCCUAGCGCUGCUGGCGGUGACCAUGAUCGCCGUGCUGCUCAGCGUCCGCUUCGAGGAGUGCGGCGCCGCCGCCGACGGUCCGCCGCGGGCCGGCGGCAACGGGACCCUCUCGGGGGUAGCCCGGCAGCCGCCCGGUGCGGGGCAACCCCUCGGCCGGCCGGAGGAGGAGGCGCGGGGCGGGGAAGCGGCGGAGGAAGAGGAGGAGGAGGAGGAGGAGUGGCAGCGGCGGCGGGAGCUGCCGCCCUGGGCCCGGCCGCGGCUGCCGCGGCACCUGCGGCCACUGCACUACAACCUGAUGCUGAGCGCCUUCAUGGAGAACUUCACCUUCAGCGGGGAGGUGAACGUGCAGCUGGAGGUGCGUAACGCCAGCCGCUACAUCGUGCUGCACGCCCACCGCAUGCACAUCGAGGCGGUCCGCGUGGCCGAGGACAAGCUGGCCGGCGGUGUGCGGGUGGCCCGCACCUUCUUCUACCCCCAGACCCAGGUGUUCGUCGUGGUCCUCAACCGCAGCCUGGAGGUGCAGAGAAGUUACAACCUUAAGAUCAUCUACAACGCCCUCAUCGAGAACGAGCUGCUGGGCUUCUUCCGCAGCUCCUACGUCCUCCACGGCGAGCGAAGGUUUCUUGGUGUUACGCAGUUUUCUCCUACUCAUGCCAGAAAAGCCUUUCCUUGCUUUGACGAGCCCAUCUACAAGGCCACAUUCAAAAUCAGCAUCAGACAUCAAGCGACUUACUUAUCUUUGUCCAACAUGCCAGUUGAAACUUCUGUUUUUGAAGAAGAUGGAUGGGUUACAGAUCACUUUUCGCAGACCCCUCUCAUGUCCACCUAUUACCUGGCUUGGGCAGUGUGCAAUUUUACAUACCGGGAAACUGUCACCAAGAGUGGAGUAGUUGUACGGUUAUAUGCAAGGCCUGAUGCAAUCCGAAGAGGAUCAGGGGACUAUGCUCUAAAUAUUACAAGGAGACUCAUUGAGUUUUAUGAAGAUUAUUUUAAAGUGCCAUAUUCCCUGCCAAAAUUGGAUCUGUUGGCUGUGCCUAAGCAUCCAUAUGCUGCUAUGGAAAACUGGGGACUGAGUGUUUUUGUGGAGCAAAGGAUACUGCUAGAUCCAAGCAUUUCUUCUAUUUUAUACCUACUGGAUGUCACCAUGGUCAUUGUACAUGAGCUAUGUCAUCAGUGGUUUGGUGACCUUGUGACUCCAGUUUGGUGGGAGGAUGUGUGGUUGAAAGAAGGUUUUGCUCACUAUUUUGAGUUUAUUGGGACAGACUACCUUUACCCAGGGUGGAACAUGGAAAAGCAGAGAUUUCUGACAGAUGUCCUACAUGAAGUGAUGCUGCUGGAUGGGCUGGCCAGUUCACAUCCAGUAUCCCAGGAAGUGCAGCAAGCCUCAGACAUUGACAGGGUGUUUGACUGGAUUGCCUAUAAAAAGGGUGCAGCUCUGAUUCGAAUGUUGGCUAGCUUUAUGGGUCACUCUGUGUUUCAAAUGGGUUUACAAGACUAUUUAACCAUUCACAAGUAUGGCAAUGCAGCCAGAAAUGAUCUUUGGAACACAUUGUCAAAGGCUUUAAAAAGGGUUGGAAAAUCUGUAAAUAUCCAAGAGGUAAUGGAUCAGUGGACACUACAGAUGGGUUAUCCUGUUAUCACUAUCUUGGGAAAUGAAACUACAGACAACAUCAUAGUCAUCUCCCAAGAGCGUUUUGUUUAUGACAGUGAUACUAAACCCAAGGAUCCUGCCCGUGGGGACAGCAGCUACUUGUGGCAGAUUCCAUUAACAAUUGCAGUAGGAAAUACGAGCCACAUCUCAUCAGAGGCAAUUAUAUGGGUGUCUAACAAAUCAGAACACCACAGAAUUCCUGCUUUGGAAGAGGCAAGUUGGUUGCUGGGGAACGUCAACCAGACUGGCUACUUCAGAGUUAAUUAUGAUAUUAGAAAUUGGAAGCUGCUAAUUAAUCAGCUAACAAGGAACCAUGAGGUUAUCUCUGUCAGUAAUCGAGCAGGCUUGAUUGAUGAUGCAUUCAAUCUAGCCAGAGCUGGUUAUUUGCCUCAGAAUAUUCCUUUGGAGAUUAUGAGGUACCUUUCAGAGGAAAAAGAUUUUCUGCCUUGGCAUGCUGCCAGCCGAGCUCUUUAUCCUCUAGAUAAAUUGCUGGACCGUACAGAAAACUACAAUAUCUUCAAUGAGUAUAUUUUAAGACAAGUGGCAUCAAUGUAUCUGAAGCUUGGAUGGCCAACGAACAAUUUAAACAAAUCACUUGUUCAAGCAUCAUACCAACAUGAAGAGUUGCGUCGGGAAGUCAUCAUGUUGGCCUGCAGCUUCGGGAACAAACACUGUCACCAGCAGGCUGCAACAUUAAUCUCUGACUGGAUUUCUAGCAAUAGAAACCGAAUCCCACUCAAUGUGAGAGACAUUGUCUACUGUACAGGAGUUUCACUGAUGGAUGAAGAUGUAUGGGAGUUCAUUUGGAUGAAAUUUCAUUCUACCACAGCAGUGUCUGAGAAGAAAAUACUAUUAGAAGCCUUAACUUGCAGUGAUGACAGAAACUUGCUCAACAGACUUUUGAAUUUGUCUCUCAACUCUGAAGUUGUCCUGGAUCAGGAUGCAAUUGAUGUGAUAAUCCACGUAGCUCGAAAUCCGCACGGAAGGGAUCUUGCUUGGAAGUUUUUCAGAGAAAAAUGGAAAAUACUGAAUGCUAGGUAUGGAGAAGCAUUAUUUAUGAAUUCAAAGCUUGUCAGUGGGGUCACAGAAUUCCUCAAUACUGAAGGAGAACUAAGAGAGCUAAAGAACUUUAUAAAGAGUUACGAAGGGGGAGCUGCUGUCUCUUUCUCUCGCGCUGUGGAAACAGUGGAAGCCAAUGUACGGUGGCAAAGGCUUUAUAAGGAAGAACUGUUCCAGUGGCUAAGAAAAUCCUUGACACAGUAA